CUAUCCGUGCUCAUGAUUCAAAUAUUGUCCUAUCUGGACCUCAUCCCACUUGGAGCGAGCGAGACCUUCCUCCUAAUCUAACCAUUAUAUUUAUUUGGCGCUUUCUGCUUUCUAGCUCAACAGAUAUGGGAAGAGCACCCUGCUGUGAGAAAGUGGGGUUGAAGAGGGGCAGAUGGAGUGCCCAGGAGGAUGAGAUCUUGACUAAGUACAUUCAGGCCAAUGGGGAAGGCUCUUGGAGGGCUCUGCCCAAGAAUGCUGGACUGCUGAGGUGUGGGAAGAGUUGCAGGUUAAGGUGGAUCAACUACUUGAGAUCUGACCUUAAAAGGGGCAACAUUUCUCCUCAGGAGGAAGAGCUCAUUAUUAAACUCCAUUCUUCUCUGGGCAACAGGUGGUCCCUGAUAGCGAGUCACUUGCCAGGAAGAACAGACAACGAGAUAAAAAACUACUGGAAUUCUCACUUGAGCAGGAAAAUCUACGCCUUCAAGAGGCCGGUUGUUACGGAUCAGACUAAGCAAGCAGCUGUGACCACGGACACAGUCACAGCCAAGCCGGCAAACAAUAGUACAGCAACCAAGCGCAAGGCUGGCAGAACCAGCCGUUGGGCCAUGAAGAAGAACAGAAGCAACAACCAAGAGGCCAAGGAGAGAACGAAUCAUAACAACGUAGCAGCAGUUACAGUGCCACCCACGCCGUCACUAGAGGACGAAGGCUUGUCCAUAACAAGCGUCAUAGACUUCGAGGAUUUCAUGGCUCUGGAUGGUGACAAUACGGAAGACAGAGUAGAGAGAGAAGAAGCAGGUGAGCCAAGUAACAAUGAAGAAAGCGGAGAUGGUUUGUUGAGGUUAGGUGAAGAGAGAGAAACAGAGCAGACAACACUGGAGGGUCUUGAGGAAGGCGUUGAUGGUGGUGGGGAGUCAUGUCUUAAUGACAUGGUGGACACUUGGUUGCUGGAAGACGAAGGUGGUGGGCUUUCGAGCUUGACAGGGGGGGGAGAGAGAGAUGAUGAGGUGUCAUGUUUUGAUUACACAAGGGCGUCACGAGAGCAGCCAGAGGGUAGCAAUAAUAAUUCUGAAGACUGGUAUUCUUGCUCUUCCAUGCCUUCCCUGUUUGAAUACGAUUACUGGAAUAAUUGGGAGAUUGAUGUGGACGAUCAGUUGAUGAAUAAUAACGAGUCGCGGACAUGGGACGAUAAACAAAUCGUGUCUUGGCUCUGGGAAGACGAUGAUUGUCAGGUUACUGGAAUCGCUGAUCCUGAUGAGAAGCAAAAUCUCAAGCCGCGUUUGAUUGUUUCCUGACCUUCAUAUAUGUACUAUACUCUUUAGAAUGUUCAGUCAAAAGGAAAACUCUUGCCCUGGUGGUUUAGUUAAUGGUGACGAGUCAAUGAAUUAGGUGAUAGACUUUGAUUUAACUUUAGAUUUAUUGUAACAUUAUUGUACUUGACGCUCUGGCUGAGGAGGUGCUGGGUGUGUUACUAUCGUGAAUAAUAGCAGUACGCAGUGGAAUUACUGCCACGUACUAAUAA